AGACCACCUAGACCUAUGUUGGCCAACCCUAGAAAUCCUCUCCCUUGUCCCGUCCGCGCCGCCACUCCCUCGGGAUCUGCUAGCGCCAAUGGCCUCCCGAUCCAGUCAAUGAGUCAGCCAACUACCAUCCUGCUCCUCCUCUCGUGGUUUUCCCCAUUAUCCAACCCGCUGAGGGAUUCAUCCGCGCGACCACAGGAGCAGGAGCUCCAGCAGCUGCGCACGCUCCCGUGGAGACGCUCGUCCCUGUGCCAACUCUCGGUCGCCGCGCGUGGUGCACCUGAGGACCUCCUUGCUGGAUCAGCAAGAGCUCACUGCCGAGCCUUCUCUGUCUGCCAUUCAAGCCACCGUCAGCAUCGAUCUCCGAGACCAGGCUGCUGGAGCCCGCCGCCAUGGAGUCGCCCGUCCUCGCCACAAGGUGCCUCGUCGUCGGAAUGGAUUCCAGGAGCUCGGAUGUGCCCAUCCAUGCACUCGAUUUGGUCCGCCUCUGGCCUUCUGCUCGGGGAAGACGACUGGGGCCCUGCACGCUCCUUUGUUCGUCUGCAUCCGGCUUUGACCGCCAGAUCGAGUCGCGCGGUCGCUCGCGUGGGCUGCUACGCCAAGGCCAUCUCUCAUCGACCGCGCCUCUUCGGCCGCGCGUUGACCGCAUGGGCCUCGUAGCCUUCUCCCUGCUCGCGUGUAAGCCCCAGCCAAGCUUCCGCCUCCUUGCCUAGACCGGCCAGAUCCACCAGCCCGCGAGCCAUGCCAAGGCCCUCGCCCUGUGACAGACCAGUAGACCCAUCGGCCUCUCCCAGCAUCAGCCAAGGUCCAAGCCAUGCAUGGUCUGCUCAUCGGUCGAAGCCGCUGCCUCAGAUGUUUUGUUGUCGGACUCGUGCCCCCAGUCCCAUGUCGCGCCCGCGCUUACCGAGAACAACUACCGUCGACCUUCGAAGAUCGUGGAUUCGCCAUUCGCCAAGCACCUCUCCAACCGUGCAUGACUACUUCCUCGAUGACACGUGUACCACUGCUUCCAUGACGUCCUCGACGACCCUGAACAUGCAUGGAGCGUGUAUUUCUACUGUGGCCGAAGACCCGUGUACCACUACUUCAACUAUCGUUGGAGGAACCACUACUUCCACGAUGUCCACGAUAACCCAUAUACAACUACACCGCUACGACUCGAUCCGCUUUGAAGAUGCAGGCUUCGAAGGUAUUACUAACGAGACGACCAACCAUGUACCAAAUGCAUUGUUGUAUGAGAGGCGAGUUGUCCGUGUCGUAGAUGCCAUGCUAGUUGCAUGUUGUCCCUCUUUUGUCGUGCCCCCGACACAUGAGAACCCGGUAAUGGUAUCACCCCAUCAUUCUUGGCAUGACACGCACACGCUCCCAAUUCGUUGGCACCAGUAUCUCAUCGAGUUAUCAGGACCGAAA